AUGGCCCCGCUGUGGAGAUGCACUAUUUUAGGUCUACUUUGCUGUUUUACGCUUGUUCCUGUGUGGGCAGAAGGAAAUGGGCUGCACAGGCAGAAAAGAGAUUGGAUUCGUCAUCCCAGGCAGCUAAAAGAGAACCACGACUACUCUGGCAUAAACAUUGGCAGAAUUCGUUCAGAUAAGGAGAACUUCACGAGGAUACUAUAUUCGCUGAGGGGGCCUGGUGCCGACGAGCCCCCUGUUCGAGUGUUCGGGGUGGACGCAAUAACUGGCUUUUUAAAAGUGUAUAAAGUUUUGGACCGAGAAGAAAUAGCCUUUUAUGAUUUAAAAGGAGUGGCAAAAUAUGAAGACGGGACUCGUGCCGAGAAAGAUGUGGACAUCAGAAUAACUGUGGUGGAUGAAAAUGACAAUACACCCAUAAUUAAAGCAAACCAAGUGGGAUCCGUCAACGAAUCAUGCGCUGCAGGAACAGUGGUCAUGAGGGUGAUAGCCACUGACGCAGAUCAAGAGAACACCCUAGCUUCCCAGAUGUUUUACAGCAUCGUGGAGACCAGCAGCUCUGCCGGCAUGUUCUUCAUCAACUCUCAGACCGGAGAGGUCACGGUUCUACAAAACACACUGGACAGAGAGACAAAAGAUACAUACAAGGUAGUAGUCAAAGCUUCUGAUUUGAAUGGACAAGCUGGAGGAAACGUCGGAAUGGGAGAAAUUGUGAUUAAACUUCUGGACAUAAAUGACAACGUCCCCACCCUGGAGAAAGAAUCGUAUGAGGGCAGUGUGGAGGAGAACACAAUCAACGUGGAAGUGCUGAGGAUCCAAGCCAUUGACUUGGACCUGCAAUACACGGACAACUGGCUGGCGGUCUUUCAAAUUAUCUCAGGGAAUGAAGGAGGCUACUUUCACAUCACAACUGAUGCUAAAACCAACCAGGGGAUUAUAAUGAUUCAGAAGGAGCUGGAUUAUGAGGAGAUAAAGUCACUCAAUUUGGGAGUGGUCGUUUCCAACAAGGCAAAGUACGAUUUCGGAAGCUCCUCAUCGUCCUCUUCAGUUAUCUCAAAGUCCUACUCAGUGAAGGUCAAUGUGAUCAAUCAGAAGGAAGGACCCCGUUUCCAACCAUCUGUCAAAGUUGUCACUCUGUCAGAGGACCACACUUCGAUCUUCAUAAACAAAGUCAUCACUACUUACGCUGCCAUUGACAGCGACACGCAGCUGAUCGCCACCAACGUGAGAUACGCUAAGUUCCGUGACGAUGAUAACUGGUUGAUCAUUGAUGAAAGAACUGCUGAAAUUAGGCUGAAUAAACUGCCGGAUCGAGAGUCCAAGUUCUUGAUCAAUGGAACGUAUUAUGCCCAAAUCAUAUGCAUCAGUGAGGAAAUAACGUCAAAGACUGCCACAGGGACCAUCGCUAUUCAGGUGGAAGACUUCAACGAUCACUGUCCCAUAGUCACCACCACCAGUCAUACCAUGUGCUAUGGCGAAAAUGUCCUCUUCAUCACAGCCGUCGACAAAGACGAAUUCCCUAAUUCAGCCCCAUUUGACUUCACUGUGAUUUCAGCAAGCAGCCACGGGAAGUGGUCAGUGGAGCACUUCAAUGCGACAACGGCAAUCCUGCGGGAUCAAGAGCAUUUGUGGCCAGGCAUGUACAAAUUGGCCGUUGAGAUAAAGGACCAGCAAGGAGUGUCAUGCGCUGACGUACAGAUGCUUGAUGUGGUUGUGUGCACGUGCGAAGAAACUACUAAAACGUGUGUGUCGCGUAUCGAAAGACGUUCGGAUUUUGGUGUCGCAGGAAUUCUGUUUCUGCUCUUGGGGCUACUGCUGCUACUCUUGGUGCCUCUUCUGCUGCUUUUUUGCCUGUGUGGAGGAACCGGAGGAGACUUCAAGGCCAUUCCAUUUGAAACAAAACAGCAGCUUAUCUCCUACCAUACUGAAUGCCAAGGAGAAGAUCGGGAAGUCCCUCUCCUCCACACACCAGAUGCUGGACAGGUGACUAUUUCGAGAGACAUCAACACCUUAGGAGGAAAGAGCUACAUCGGGGGAUUGGCUGAAAGUGGUGGAGCGGUCAUCGGUGGCAAUGAAAACUCCGUCUUAACAACAGAUAAUGUGCACAUGUAUAAUGAAUACAACCAAUUCUCCGGCCAAGGAAGGAUUAAUGUCGUAGAUGGCGGGAUGAUGACUGGACAAGGUCAAUUCUCCCAGUACAGAGGCGGAGCCUGGGACGACUUGGCGCUGUCUGAUCACUUCCUGGAGGAAUACUAUUCUAGUAAGUCCAACCAUGCUGCUCAGCAGUCCCAGGAGAAGGAUGCUUUACUCGUGUAUGACUAUGAGGGCGGGGAGUCUCUCUCAGGUUCUGUGGGGUGCUGCAGCCUCCACGAGAACGACAACGACCUCUCGUUCCUCGAUGACCUGGACCCUAAAUUCAAAACCUUAGCUGAGAUUUGUUCAGGUUCUGUUCAAGUGGAUGCAGGCAUAUGUGUCCAUCCACCAGCCAGACCAGUUUCCCCUAUCAGGCCCUCCAUUCAGAAGAAUAUCCAGACUCACACUGAAACAUUUAGAGACAGGGAUCGUGUCCACAUUGACACCCUCAACACAUCCAAGGCAACAUCUGGAGCGUCAACCUUUGUCCAAGAGGGAUCGUCCACUCUCUCGAAGGUACACAUACAAGAAAAUGUUGUGAUUCCAGGUCAAACGCUGCUUGUGCAACAGCCUUUGUACUACGCUGCCGCACCCAUGUAUGUUGUCGAGCCUCAGUCCCAGAUGGUGCUUGUUGGUGCCCAGCAGGGUGUAGGUCAGGUCGGGCUGACACAAGGCUUAGUUCAAGUCAGCCAGCAGGGAGCCGGGCAGGUCGGGCUGACGCAAGGUCUGGUUCAAGUCAGUGGCCUCCAAGGAUCUCAAGGUGUGGUGCUUGUGGAUGGGCAAGUUGGUCAUGUGGCACAAGGAUCCUUGCCAAGACAAGUACUGGUGGUGGAGAACGGCGCUACUAGUGGGGGGCAAGGUGCACCGGUGGCCCUUAUACAAAGCGGUCAGGGAUCUAGCGCGCAAGCAACCUUGCAAAAACAAGUAUUGGUGGUGGAGAAGGGGGCUUCAGCCGGGGGUGCACAGGUAGCCAUUGCCCAGACAGGUCAGGGAACAAGUGAGCAAAGAUUGGACGUCAGGGGUCAACGUGUGCAGACUAAAAGUUUCUCACGGGCUUCUCAAGAUUCCACAGGGUCCAAGGAGAACUUUGCUUUAAAAGCCACACCCAAGACACAAGUUGGCCAGAGAGUUGUGGUGCAUCAACACAAAAAGGUGUCGGUCACAGAAAGGAAUAUGGAGUCUACGUCUAGAGCUUAG